CAACUAUAACGAAUUACUAAUUAGCAUUCCAAGUCAGUCACGACAGCGAAGUCAUCUUAUUUUGGAAAUGUAUUUUUGGUUUCGGUCUUAUAUUGUGUGAAUAAUGUUAAAGGAAAUUCGAGUAAUAUCUCAUAAUUAGCACGAAGCUGAUAACCUAUAUGCUGAAGCUUUGUUGCUUAUUAUAAUAAUCUUAAGAAAGAAGAAUUCUUUGUUUGCUGACAUGUAUGUUCAACCAAGCGAAGUCAGUCGAGAGCAUUUGUAUAUCUUUGACUAUUCACAACGGCUAAACAACUAUAAUGUUUAGUUAUUUCACAAAUGAAAAUGGGUUAACAUCUGUAAAAAGAAAAUUGAAACGAAGUAAGAGUUCAAGAAGGUUAAACGUCGUCAUUGGCAAUUUGUUAAACGUUGAGCAAUGAUGUAUCGUUUACAUUUGCGACUUAUUCAACGUGUUAUAAUAAUUGCGACAAGUGUAUCAUUGUUUGGGAGUAUAUCUGUUUGGUUGAGUUUUUUUACAGGACUUGAAUUACAACUAUACAGUCGUUCAAGCCAGGUAACUGACGACUUGUCGGCCGAUGUUUCGUUUGCGGACGAGAGGACUUCUGUACGUAGUUUGAACAGAAAUGGGGUGGCAUUCAAGAGAGAAGAGACCGAUUCCUCGUCUAUUAUAAAACGUGUGUAUGGCAUACAUCCUGUUAGGAUUGCAAAUCGGCAUCGUGCUGAUCAAGACGGUAAACAGAAGAUUAUAUCAAUCGCACUGGAUCAACAAGAGAGUGACAAUGAUAAGUAUAUGUUUGUCUUUCAUCACUAUGAGCAAUUUGGUAAAACGACAGAAAAUUUUGUUCAGCUGUGCUCUAUAGCAGCAUAUGGAUCACGAGCUGUUGUCGAACCAUUUGUUCGUGAUUCACGAAUGUGUGGUUUAGAAUCCGGCUGGUGGGGUGAAGCACUUACACCAAGCCGCCUGUUUAAGCCGCUCAGCCUAUAUUUUGAUAUGAAAGCUCUCAACGAAAUACUCUCUCAAAAUCGGUAUGCGACCGUACGGCCCCUGACUGAGUUCAAACAGGUUUGCAACAAAACAACAUCAAAUGUAACAAUUGUUCAUUUCCUGUACCACGACGGAAAAGAGACAACCAAAAAAUGGUUUAGGUUAAGCGAAAAAGACUAUCAAAUGAUUUCUUUACAAGCCAAUAGAACUGGUUGGACCGAGUGUCCUUUUAUCGACAAGGGCCUGAAUAUAUCAAGGCGGUUAGGUCAAAUGGAGGCGGACAGGCAAUUGUGUGUUAAUGCAGAAAAGGUUAUCGAUCAUAAACAAUUUGAAAAUGAUAUCCUUCAAGGCGAUAAGUGUGUGGUCAUUACUUACUGGAGAGGCUUUGGAAUGGAUAGAACUCAUUUUAAACCAAAGGUGAAACUAAACGCACGUGAAAUAGUUCACAGACUCCGUCAUAGCAACCUUAUACUACAGGAAGCGGAACUUUAUAGAAGGACGUUUUUAGAGAAAUCUUAUAUUGCGGUACAUGUGAGAUCCGAACGGCAACUAUUGUGGUAUUCGGAGAUAUUUUUUCUAAAAUGUGUUGAUGCUGUAACAAGAAGAGUUUUGCAAUUAAAACAAAAAUAUGGAAUGAGCACUGUGUUCUUAGCUACGGACUUAACUCAGUAUGGUUCUGAUACCCUACUGCCUAACAAUCGAAAACGUCUGAAGAGGUUUGACAAGCUUCUCAUGGAUAAACUAAAGCCAAAGCGGUACAGUCCUCACCUAACAGAUCCGUCAUUAAUGGACCACGGAGUAGUGGCAAUUGUAGAGAUGAAUAUUUUAAGUCAUUCAAAGCAUUUGGUAACUCUGGGAUCUGGUUCAUUUCAAGAAUGGGUUAUGGCUCUCUUCAUGGACAUGAAGAAAGGACAAGAUUGGACUAUAUCAAGAGUGUGUUCCAAGGAGAAGAAACAACAUUGAUUCAACAAUGCUCGGUUGACAUCUGUGUGGUUUGAUUAUGGUUUACGUUUUUCAACUAUUUAGAAGCGCCAUAACAUUUUGAGUUAUUUGGUCUACAUAUCUUUUAAAAUUUCCUUUCAUUGGUUGUUUUGUAAACUUUCAAAAACUGAAAAAUCGCGCCGCGUUGUCGAAUCGCGUCUGAUGAGUGAUGUGUCUCGGGCUUAAGACUACCCCCACCACUUCACGUUGCUUCCGGCGCCGCUGAUCGUGAUGGAUCUAUCUUGUCUUUUGUGUGUUGUCUUCAAAUCAGUUCACUGAUUUCAGAUAUGUAUCGCGACACAUAUAUUAAAUCAAACAUACCAGGCAUCAGGUAUAGCCUGCGUAGUAGGCGUUUAUUUGCUUGCGGAUGGCGAGCUAGGCAUCAGGUAAACGGUUUCGACUGCCAUGACCAAACCGGGUUUAGGGAAUAGCCAUUUUUGGAUAACCUUCUACUUAAAUGCAUAUUUUUCCACGAGAAUACUUAAAUAAUCUUUUAAAUUUGAACAUACAGUUUUUUAAGACAAGAUAAGAGUAUCAGCAUGGUAUAAAUUUCUUUGCAUGUUUGCAUAGCGACUGAAAAAGUAUAAUAGACCUUUCUUAUGACGUCAAACGCGGAAAACCAAUGUAUGUGAUGUCCCAUGCAAAGGACAAUGCAAAGUGUUGGCGGGUCAAUAAAUUUCAUAAAAUUAUCAUUAAGUGUUUUUCCGCAUUUGACGUCAUUAUAAAGGUCUAUUGCUUUGUUUUGUGGAAACACCACGCAUAGUUAAACCAAAUAAAAAUAUACGUGGUCGACAUUAUUGUGUGAUAUUUUUGAGAAGAGUACAGCCUCAUUGAGUACAGCUGGCUAAGCCAGACCAUAUGAGCUAUAAGCUACAAACCUGUAAUGUAAUGUGUAUAGGGACGUACUGUAUAUUUAUUGACCGUAUAUUUCAUUUUAGAAAGGGAAAUAUUUAAAAUUCCUGUAUUUAUAUAAACUGAAACAGAAUUUUACUAUUAAAUGAUUUAUAUCGCA